AGUGUGCAGGAAAUCAAAUUACAGAAAACAUGUUAAUAUAAUUUUCAUCGGCAUAAACUACAAUUGCCAUCAGAACUACAUCUCCCAGAAUGCAACCUGCCAACAGACUCCGCCCACCUCUCCCCUCCCCUCCCCUCAGCCUGAGCCAAGAUGGCGGCGAACCCAAACACAGCCCAGUUUGACUGUCCGACCUGGGCAGGAAAGCCUCCCCCUGGGCUUCAUUUGGACGUGGUUAAAGGAGAUAAGCUAAUAGAGAAGCUGAUUAUAGAUGAGAAGAAGUUCUACCUGUUUGGGAGGAACCCAGACCACUGUGAUUUCACCAUAGAUCACCAGUCCUGCUCUCGUGUUCACGCAGCUCUCGUCUACCAUCGCCACCUUAAGAGAGUGUUUCUGAUCGACCUCAACAGCACUCACGGGACGUUUUUGGGUAGAAUCCGCCUGGAGCCCCAUAAACCUCAGCAGGUCCCCAUCGACUCCACCAUGUCGUUCGGGGCGUCGACGCGGGUCUACACCCUGAGAGAGAAGCCCCAGACUCAGCCCAGCGCCGCUGCGGGAGACGGAGGAGUGGAGGAUGAGGAGCUGAAGGGAUUGCUGGGGCUUCCGGAGGAGGAAACGGAGUUAGACAACCUGACUGAGUUCAACACGGCCCAUAACAAGCGCAUCUCCACCCUCACCAUCGAGGAGGGAAACCUGGACAUCCAGAGACCAAAGAGGAAAAGAAGAAGCUCCAGAGUGUCGUUCAGUGAAGACGAGGAGAUUAUUAACCCAGAGGAUAUCGACCCGUCUGUGGGACGCUUCAGAAACAUGGUUCAGACGGCCGUCGUUCCUCUAAAGAAGAAGAAGCUGGAGGGUCACGCUGCGCUGGGAUUGGAUGACGGGGCGAUGAGGCGGAUGCAGAACUUCCCCCUGAGCUCGGGGCUUUACGGGGACCUGCCCCCCACCAGCCACGACACAGGAACCCCGGGGGCGGGGGGUCAGGGGGGCUCCGCCCUCCUGGGCGGCCUGCCCCUCCCCUUCCCCAACCCGGCUCCAGAGGUUGACCUAUCCCCGACCACGGUGCCGCCCCCCACCAUGCUGAACCCCACCCCCGCGCCCGGACCCUACACCGCAGAACCGCUCAACGAACCACGCAAGAAAAAAUAUGCCAAGGAGGCGUGGCCUGGCAAGAAGCCCACGCCCUCUCUGCUAAUCUAGCUUCAGGAUUGGCUGGACGUUACGGUGCGGAGCCAAUCUGAGGACGAGGUGGAGAUGAUGUGUAUAAUUUCAGUCUCUAUAUGUAUAGAAAUAUUAAGCUUUUAAAAAGUUGCAGCAACUUUUAAAAAAAUACUGAAGACUUGAGCUUAACGUGAGCUUAACUCAGCAGACGAAGCUUUAACUCCAGAGGAACUGUGAUCAUCAGAAACUGAUCAGGGAGAUCUGUUACUGUGGAAUUAUAUUAGUGCAUACAGCUCUAAAAAAAAAAAAAGAGAGAGCACUUAAAAUGAUAAGUUUCUUUAAUUUUAUCAAAUUAAAAACCUCUGGAAUAUAAUCAAGAGGAAGAUGGAUGAUCACAAACCAUCAAACCACCAAACUGAACUGCUUGAAUUUUUGCACCAGGAGUAAAGCAGCAUAAAGUUAUCCAAAAGCAGUGUGUAAGACUGGUGGAGGAGAACAUGAUGCCAAGAAAAAAAACAGGAUUAUUCCACCAAAUAUUGAUUUCAGUCAUUUCUCAUUUUCUGUAAAUAAAUGCUCUAAAUGAGAAUAUUUUAUUUGGAAUUUGGGAGAAAUGUUGUCUGUAGUUUAUAGAAUAAAACAACAAUGUUCAUUUUACUCAAACAUAAACCUAUAAAUAGCAAAAUCAGAGAAACUGAUUCAGAAACUGAAGUGCUCUCUUAUUUCAGAGCUGUAUGUCCACAUGUUUACUGUUAAUGAUUUCCUCUGUUUGGAUGUUGGCGGGUCGAAUGAGGCGGGUGCUUAAAUUGUCAUAUUUAAUAACUGCAGCUUCAGAAUAGCAGAUUAACCAAUAGCAGUAGGACUUACUAUGAGGAGAUCUCUAACGGUUGUAUUGAGAGAACAUGUUGUGGGGAUGCACUGAGAGGAAUUCUACGCCUUAUUUUCAUUUAUACGUCUGUUAUUUCAGACACUGAUGAUGUUUAUCUGACGCUUUUAUCCAGAUCAUUUUACAGGGUUAUUUCUGUUACAGGUUUGGGUUAAUGAAGUGUUAAGAGUCUUGCCCAAGGACAUUGUAUUUAUUUAUUUAUUUAUUUAUUUAUUUGGUUAUUAUAUGUUUGUUUUUUGAUCUGUCCCUGCGAUUCUCCAGAUCUCCGUUCAUAAACGCAGAACCGUGACAUAAUUAAAUGUUCUGUUUUAAAUACAGGAUUAAUACUGUUCAAAUCCAACUAUCUUAAUCAAACGCUCAUCUUUUCCUAUAGAUUUGAUUUUGAUAUGAUUGUGCAUCCCGGGUGUGUUCUCAUGUUUGUAGAAACACAAAGCAGGUAUGAAAAAAACUUAAUUCUAAUUGAGUUCUAAUCAAAUCUAAAGUAUUCAGAGAGAGACAGAAAUAUAUACAUAUAUCUCUGCAGGAGGGAUGUGUUACUGGAACGUGAUGAAGAGGAGAAGUGAAAAUGUGAUGUAAGUUUGUGUGUUUUAUAUUUUUAUAUUGGAAUAUAAAUAUAAUAUGUUUUGGAGUGGAGUUUACUGCCUGGUGUGAGAGAGAGUGCGAGAGUGUGUGUGCGAGAGUGUGUGUGCGAGAGUGUGUGUGCGAGAGUGUGUGUGCGAGAGUGUGUGUGCGAGAGUGUGUGAGAGAGAGAGAGAGAGAGAGUGUGUGUGCGAGAGUGUGUGUGCGAGAGUGUGUGUGCGAGAGUGUGUGAGAGAGAGAGAGAGUGCGAGAGUGUGUGUGCGAGAGUGUGUGUGCGAGAGUGUGUGUGAGAGAGAGAGAGAGAGAGAGUGCGAGAGUGUGUGUGCGAGAGUGUGUGUGCGAGAGUGUGUGUGCGAGAGUGUGUGUGCGAGAGUGUGUGUGCGAGAGUGUGUGUGCGAGAGUGUGUGUGCGAGAGUGUGUGUGCGAGAGUGUGUGUGCGAGAGUGUGUGUGCGAGAGUGUGUGAGAGAGAGAGAGAGAGAGAGUGUGUGUGCGAGAGUGUGUGUGCGAGAGUGUGUGUGCGAGAGUGUGUGUGCGAGAGUGUGUGUGCGAGAGUGUGUGAGAGAGAGAGAGUGCGAGAGUGUGUGUGCGAGAGUGUGUGUGCGAGAGUGUGUGUGUUUGAGAGUGUGUGUGUGAGAGAGAGAGAGAGAGAGAGAGAGAGAGUGUGUGUAAGAGUGAGUGUGUGUGCGAGAGUGUGUGUGCGAGAGUGUGUGUGCGAGAGUGUGUGUGCGAGAGUGUGUGUGCGAGAGUGUGUGUGCGAGAGUGUGUGUGCGAGAGUGUGUGUGCGAGAGUGUGUGUGCGAGUGUGUGUGCGAGUGUGUGUGUGCGAGAGUGUGUGUGCGAGAGUGUGUGUGCGAGAGUGUGUGUGCGAGAGUGUGUGUGCGAGAGUGUGUGUGCGAGAGUGUGUGAGAGAGAGAGAGUGCGAGAGUGUGUGUGCGAGAGUGUGUGUGCGAGAGUGUGUGUGUUUGAGAGUGUGUGUGAGAGAGAGAGAGAGAGAGAGAGAGAGUGUGUGUAAGAGUGAGUGUGUGUGCGAGAGAGUGUGAGAGAGAGAGAGAGAGAGAGUGUGUGUGCGAGAGUGUGUGUGCGAGAGUGUGUGUGCGAGAGUGUGUGUGCGAGAGUGUGUGUGCGAGAGUGUGUGUGCGAGAGUGUGUGAGAGAGAGAGAGUGCGAGAGUGUGUGUGCGAGAGUGUGUGUGCGAGAGUGUGUGUGUUUGAGAGUGUGUGUGUGAGAGAGAGAGAGAGAGAGAGAGAGAGAGAGAGAGAGUGUGUGUGCGAGAGUGUGUGUGCGAGAGUGUGUGUGCGAGAGUGUGUGCGCGAGAGUGUGUGUGCGAGAGUGUGUGUGCGAGAGUGUGUGUGUUUGAGAGUGUGUGUGAGAGAGAGAGAGAGAGAGAGAGAGUGUGUGUAAGAGUGAGUGUGUGUGCGAGAGUGUGUGUGCGAGAGUGUGUGUGCGAGAGUGUGUGUGAGAGAGAGAGAGUGCGAGAGUGUGUGUGCGAGAGUGUGUGUGCGAGAGUGUGUGUGUUUGAGAGUGUGUGUGAGAGAGAGAGAGAGAGAGAGAGAGUGUGUGUAAGAGUGAGUGUGUGUGCGAGAGUGUGUGUGUUUGAGAGUGUGUGUGUGAGAGAGAGAGAGAGAGAGUGUGUGUAAGAGUGAGUGUGUGUGUGUAGAACAGGAUGGAGAAAGUAAGUGGAAUAAUUUCUACAUGUUUGUUUGAUGUUUGUUUAAUAAACAGGAUUCUGACUGA